AUGGUUGAUGUAAAGUCUAUUGUUCAAAGUAUGAAUUCAUACAAAGACUUAGAAAAAUAUAUUAAUUUAAGUAGUGUUGAUGUAAUUAUGAAAGUUGUGAAGGCUCACUCACUGGGACAGCGUAUUUGUUAUACAUCUAUACUGUUUUACUAUGAGUUUAAAGUGUCACUAAAGGAAGAAACAGAAGAAUUAAUUGUAAUAUUUGCUUCUAUAUAUUUGGGUGGUAUAUCUUCUGGAAUACAGACUAAUCAAAGCUCUAUCUUGUCUCUUGUAAAGAAAUUUUUGGAAAUUGAAAAUGAUGAAUUUGAUGAAGAGAAAUGCUUACAACAGGGAAAUGAACUAAUAUUUAAUUUAACUUAUGAAUUAGAAUUCAAUAUAGGUCCACCCAAAACAUAUGAUAUAUUUAAAAGUAUUGUAGAAAAGUAUAAGAUUAAUUCUAAAGAUGCAACUGUAUUUCAAUCAAUAAUCAAUGACUUUGCUCAUUAUACUAUAGCAGUUUUUUUAUUUACAGAUGAAGAAAUUGUUUAUAGUGCGCUAUAUAUAUUUUGUAUUAUUAAUCGAUCAUAUGUCGAUUCAUCAUUAACAUAUCAAAUUGAUGUCGAUAAAUUUAUAGAACUAUUUAAGUCUAAAUUUAAAAUAGAAAAUUACUUAUUUGAUGGUAUUUUGUUUCUAUCUGACAUACUAUUAGAUCAUUAUGAGAAUAGUACAUCUCAAUGA